AUGGACGAGAAUACAAAGAAGUUGACUAAAGAAGAAAUGACUGUAAAUAGUUAUCGAUUACUUGGUUCUGUUAUGUGUGCUAGAUUCUGUUUAGAAAACUCUUUACCAUUUUAUGGCCAUGAUGAAUCAGAAGAAUCUAAUUCUCAAGGUAUUUUAAUGUCGGUGUUGAACUUGAUUAGUACUAACCACCCGGAAAUUGGUAAGUACACAUUAGGGAACGCAAAAAAGAACAACAAGUUGACAUCGCCAAAGAUACAAAAGGAGAUCAUUGAAUGCUCGUCAAAGGAAGUAACAAAAAGUAUUUGUGCAGAAAUUGAAGAUGAUGUGUUUGGGUUGUUGGUAGAUGAAUCUAGUGAUGUAUCUUUGAAGGAACAAAUGGCUGUAGUUGUUAGAUUUGUUGAUAAACUUGGGGCUAAAUUGAAGAUGAUGUGUUUUGGGUUGUUGGUAGAUGAAUCUAGUGAUGUAUCUUUGAAGGAACAAAUGGUUGUAGUUGUUAGAAUUGUUGAUAAACUUGGGGCUGUUAGAGAGAGUUUUAUCGGAAUUGUUCAUGUGAGAGACACGGCUUGUUCAACUCUUAAACAAGUCAUAGAUAAGUUAUUAGCAAGCAAGCACUUAAGCGUAAAGCAAUUUAUUUUUAUUUUAGGUGAGAGGCCAGGGUUAUCUUAUGAUGGUGCAAGCAACAUGCGGGGGGAAUUUAAUGGGUUAAAGGCGUUGAUUUUAAAAGAUGACCCGUCGGCACAUUACAUCCAUUGUUUUGCUCAUCAACUUUAG